AUGACUUGCACGCCACCGUGCAAAAAAGCUGGGACAAUCCUCGAGAUUUUCCUGCCUCCCAGACUUGCACUUUCUUCGUUGAAUCCGGCUGGCUCUGAACAGCAAGAAGUACAAACUUCCAUUUCACUGGAGGGAACGGGUCUUGAAAUAGGCGGGCUGCUUAGCAGCCAUCCUUGCCCUGCAGUUGAGGGAGACGUUGAAAAGAAAGUUUGUCUGUUUCUCAGCGGGGUGAGUCUUCAUUCAGCAGGGCACAAAGCUAGUGAGAUCGGCCAACACAACGGGCGCGCAGGAGCCGGCUCUGCUCCGCCCUGCGCCUGCAUCGUUUACAGCAAAGAUCGCAAGCCUAGGCGUGGAGAAAGCCCAGCGCGGUCCCCCGAGGGGCCCGGCGGCCCCGGCCUCGCCGAGGUGACCCUGGGCUACCAGCUGCUCACCUCCCUGCUCCUGGGCACGCUCAUCCUGUGCGCCGUCAGCGGCAACGCCUGCGUGAUCGCGGCCAUCGCCCUGGAGCGCUCCCUGCAAACAGUGGCCAACUAUCUCAUCGGCUCGCUGGCCGUCACCGACCUCAUGGUGUCCGUGCUGGUGCUGCCCAUGGCGGCCCUCUACCAGGUGCUGAACAAGUGGACGCUGGGGCAGGUCACCUGCGACAUCUUCAUCUCGCUGGACGUGCUGACCUGCACCUCUUCCAUCCUGCACCUGUGCGCCAUCGCCUUGGACAGGUACUGGGCCAUCACGGACCCCAUCGACUAUGUCAACAAGCGGACUCCCCGGAGGGCCGCCGCGCUCAUCAGCCUGACCUGGCUCAUCGGCUUCCUGAUCUCCAUCCCGCCCAUGCUGGGCUGGAGGACGCCCGAGGACCGCUCGGACCCCGAUGCCUGCACCAUCAGCAAGGACCACGGGUACACCAUCUACUCCACCUUCGGCGCCUUCUACAUCCCUCUCUUCCUCAUGCUGGUGCUCUACGGCCGCAUCUUUAAGGCGGCCCGCUUCAGGAUCCGCAAGACCGUCAAGAAAGCUGAGAAGAAGAGGAUGGCCGACACCUGCCUCACCCUCUCCCCCGCCUUCGAGAGGCGCAACGAGAAGAACACGGAGGCCAAGCGGAGGAUGGCUCUGUCCCGCGAGAGGAAGACUGUCAAGACCCUGGGCAUCAUCAUGGGGACCUUCAUCCUCUGCUGGCUGCCGUUCUUCAUCGUGGCGCUGGUCCUACCCUUUUGUGACAGUAAGUGCUACAUGCCCGAGUGGCUGGGGGCAGUCAUCAACUGGCUGGGCUACUCCUUCUCCCUCCUCAACCCCAUCAUCUAUGCCUAUUUCAACAAAGACUUCCAAAGUGCUUUUAAGAAAAUUAUCAAGUGCAAGUUCUGCAGGCAGUGA